AUGUUUACUGCUGCUAUAAUUCUGAUGGAAUUAAAAAGAUAUCGUGGACAGCAACAUGGCAUAAACGGCAUCAAUAUAUCAAGGUAUCCUGCUAAAAAUAUCGGGAAUCUACGGAUACCGGGUGAGCACUAUGUUCCUUCUACAUCACGUCUAGACAGAAGAACACCUUCAGAUUACUUUUGUAAAUCAUUACACGACAUGCACGAUAAGGAUUACACAGGACUCGCCGUCGACAACCUAGCUUUACCAAAUAUACAACCAAAGACGAAAUCAACGACAAUAACUGCCACUACGGCAAUCGUCAACCCUGUUCUUAUUAGUCAAUUGAAUCCUUUUGAUGGACAAGCAGGUGGCAAAAGCAUGUUUGCUGAUGGGGAUGAACGGACCAAACGUCUUUUUGGAAAAAGCACAAUCGAUGAUAUGACGAAGAAUGCUAACGGUAACCUCGGCGAGGACGGCGACCGUCUUGCGAUGUUGCAGGAUGAGAUCGCGACUUCGAAAGACAAACGACGACUAGUCUUGGGGCAGAUCCUCAAACUUGAAGAAAAGAAGCGUCGUUUUAUUCGAAACACCCGGAACAACCAAGGUAAACUCCGGGUGGCCCGGCAAAAACGACACAAACUCGAAGACCUCAGUCAUUCCAAUGUUGAUUUUCGACUUCAACAAGUUCUGCAGCUCGAGAAGGAAAAGACUGACAUGGAAGAGAAAUUGGAUAGAUUCGAGGACAUUGGAAUAGCCCUUGCUAUGCAGAAAGAAGAAAAACAUCGACGUCUGCUUGAAACUAUCGACAAUGCUCCGGCACUUUAUCGCAAAGAGAGUGAAUUAUUUAAAGAGCGCCACCAUCAAGAGGUUGUUCGCUAUCAAGUUCUUUUCGGAUUGUUUCUUACUCUCCUCGCUGUUCUCCUCAUUACAUACCUUUGUCGCUAUGGUGACAAGGAAAAACCAAUAGCAAGCAAAGAAGGCAUUUUCUAUUAA